AAGACGAGAGGAAAGAGAGAGAGAGAGAGAGAGAGACUUUAUCCUGGACUCUUGCUGGAAUCAAACUACAAGGAAAAGCAAACAGAAGAGAAAAGAAGAGUGCAGAAAUAAAGAGGGUUGAUUUUAAACAUGAAUCAUUUGACAUGGAUCAGCGCUCUGUCAUUCCUGCUUUACUUUUCCUCGGGAACUGCAGAUUACAGAGAAAGGCGGCAGAUCCCGGCGAGGAGUCUGGCAGGCGUGUGCCGGUACGGCAGCAGACUCGAGUGUUGCUAUGGAUGGAAGAAGAACAGUAAAGGACACUGUGAAGCUCAGUGUGACCUGGGAUGCAAACACGGCGAGUGUGUCGGCCCCAACAAAUGCAAGUGCUUCCCCGGAUACUCUGGAAAGACGUGCAGUCAAGAUCUGAAUGAGUGCGGUCUGAAGCCUCGACCCUGUGAACAUCGGUGCAUGAACACUUUCGGCAGCUAUAUGUGCUACUGCUUAAAUGGAUACAUGUUGAUGCCUGAUGGGUCCUGUGCAAACUCGAGGACGUGUUCUCUGGCUCACUGUCAGUACGGCUGUGAGGAGGUCCAGGCCGAGGUCCGCUGUCUCUGCCCGUCUCCCGGCCUUCAGCUGGGAUCUGAUGGAAAGACCUGUGUGGACAUUGAUGAAUGUGCAACUGGGAAAAACCAAUGUCCGUUCAACCGGCAGUGCAUCAACACAUUCGGAAGCUACUACUGCAAGUGCCAGGAGGGUUACGAUCUCAAAUACAUCAAUGGGAAAUAUGACUGUGUUGAUAUAAAUGAAUGUGUGUCCGACACUCAUAAGUGCAGUCGUCACGCCGAGUGCAUCAACACUCACGGAUCCUACAAGUGUAAAUGCAAGCAGGGUUUCCGAGGCAGUGGAUUUGAUUGUUCAGUCAAGCCUUUUUAUCACAGAUCCUGGGAAGGUGAUAAAGGAAAUGCGGAUGCGUUUCUCAACGUUAUUCCCGACGCCCCGUCCAAGACUCGUAUUCUGGGCGGCAGGUUUGACAACACCAUCCCAGAGCCUGCGGUGACCGACUCUCCUCGACUCCACCUGCAGCCCUUCGACUAUGAGGGCGAGGUCUACAUCGGCCCUCCGGAGGACACACCGGCCGUUCCAGAGGAGGAGAAGUUUUACGAUGAGGAGGAAGAGGAGGAGGAAGAGGAGGAUGACACGGGAAACCAGCUGGAGGGUGAGGAGCUGAACGCCAGAGGAGAUGUUUUCUUUCCAGAUGAAUUUGUGCCUGUUUAUGGUCCAGAAUCAGAGCCGAAGGAGAUCCAGGCAGCGCCGCUGAAGGAAAGAUUCCUGACGGACUGUAACUUUGAUCGUGGAGCGUGUGAGUGGGUGCAGGACCAUGAGGAUGAUCUGGACUGGACUAUCAAGUAUCAUGUAAACGGAAGAGAAUAUUACUUGGCGCUGGACGGCCCUGUGGGCAACAGGAAGGAGCAGGCGAGGAUAAAGCUUCUUCUGGACGAUUACACGCGGCAGAGCACCUUCUGCCUCACGUUUGAUUACCGCAUUGUGGGGCAGCACAUGGGCGUCUUACGAGUGAUGCUGGACAACAGUGCGCUUCCCAUCUGGGAGAGGCGACAAACUCACAACCACAGCUGGCAGUCAGAGAAGAUCACCAUCACCUGGACAGAGAGCGCUCCAGAGGCGAUCAUCUUUGAGGCCGAGAGCGGUCGGUCCAUGAGCGGAGAGAUCGCUGUGGAUCACGUGGUUCUGUUCUCAGGACCCUGUUCAGAGGAUGAAGCCCUCGUCUUUUAACAUCACGUGUUUGUGUGACUCUUUCAAACAGCAGCGAAAGACUCUGUUCACGAUCAGCAGAACAAACCUGCGUGAAAAUAAGAAGAGUGACAUUUAUGUUAUUGAUAUUGUCUGUUUGUAGGUAGAUAUCCUUCACUAUUUGUAUGAUUAUAUAAACAUUGUAACAUUAUAAUGGCUGUACAUUCUGCUUUGCAUUAAAAUGUUGUAAGAGAUUUACCAUUUUUA